AUGUCUUUCAUAACAAAUUUUGACAUCCACCUGGCACCGAAACUAGAAACAAAUAGCCAGAAGCUUGUGUGUUUGUUGCAAUAUUGUGAAGAGAGAAUUCGUGCACAAUUAGAAUACUUCACAAAGAAGCCUGAGAAUGGAUACAAGCUUGCUAGGCAGAGGCUGUUUGAAGAAUAUGGUCAGCCUCAUAUUAUCGCUGGUGCAUGUGAAAGAGUUCUAAAAGAGUUUCCAAGUGUGCGUGAUGACAAGCCAGAGCAGCUAUUGCAAAUAUCACAAGUAAUGGAGCGAUGCCUGGGAACUCUAGAAGACAUUGAUGAAUUUGCAAAUGUAAACACCCUGGACACUAUGGGAAUGCUGAUGGCUAAACUUCCUGAAGAUGUUCAGGAUGGCUGGCCACAUGAAGCCCUCAGAAUUCAAAGAAAGACUGGUCGUCAGGCAAAAUAUUGUCACUUGGUCGAUUAUGUUUGUAAUUGGGCGGAUGUGAAAAAUUCAAUGUAUGGGAAAAAGCUUAAUGAGAUUCGUCACAAAAAGAUUCCUGUGAGUGUGAGGAGAAACAGAGCUGCAACCUAUAAUAUUGAUGCUGAGGCCAAAAGGGAACACAUUGAUCAAAAACGGGAUUUGGGAUGUGUAUGUUGUCUCAAACCGCACAAUUUGUGGAACUGCCCGGACUUCAAGAGUAAAUCGCAUGAAGAAAAGGUCAGUCUUUUGAAGGAGCAGAAAUUGUGUUUCAAGUGUCUGUCUCAUGGUCAUCUUGCUCGUAAUUGCAAGAAGGCCAGUCAGUGCAAAGUACAUGGAUGUAAAGGAAAUCGACAUCACACACUGCUUCAUAGAUUUAUUGAAAUUCAGGAGAAAUCGAAAAAGCCUGAAGAGGGACCUGCUGUAUAUUCAUUGGCAAAGUCGUCAAAGUGCAAUGGGAAAAGUAUCGGGCAAGAUGUUUAUUUAUGUGUGGUGCCGGUCAAUGUUCGAAAUGGUGAAAAGACCGCUCAAACAUACGCCUUGCUGGAUCCGGCAUCUACAGUUACUCUGUGUAGUGAACGUUUGAUGGAAUAUCUCGAAGUAACAGGAAAUACUAGAGAUAUCACAUUACGCACAAUUGGACAGAGGCCAAUACAAUACAAGGGUAUAUCUGGCAGUUUAGUUGUAUCGCCGCUAGAUGGUGGUGCUGAACAUGAAAUCACAGAUGUGCUCUCGGUUGAAAAAAUUCCUGCUAAGCCGAAUAAAGCGCCCGAUCAAAGGAGGAACAGUGAAUCUUCUGAUUGGGCUGACAAUGCGGAACUCGUCUGUUUCCAAGAUGUUCGAAAUGGACCGAGGAAAGCACCUAAGGCAGUGAAGACUGUUCUUGGCUGGUCGCUGUUCGGACCCAGUUUUGAGUCGCCAUCAGAUAUCAGAGAAGUUCAUUUUACAUCUGAUCAUUAUGUCAAUUUCGUCAAGUGUAAUGAUUUGGAAACACAAAAGGAAAUUGAAACUUUGUGGACAACAGAUUUUGGCAAUGAAACUUCAGUUCUUGAUAUUCCAAAUUCUCGAGAAGAUCGAGCAGUGUAUGAAAUUAUGCAAAAUUCGGUGAAACAUAUUGGUGGUCAUUUUCAACUUCCUUUGCCAUGGAGAACCGGGAUGCAGUAUCUACCGGAUAACAAAGAGAUGGCAAAGAAAAGACUUGUAGCCUCAAAAAUAGACUGA